CGAGAGGCAACAGCAAUGUUGGUGGGUGUGAAAUUACAGUUGGCGUGGAACCCUAGGAUUAACCAGAACGCCAACCACAGCUUUGCGGUCAACAUAAACCCUCGCCGCCUGCCCCACCAUCUCAGGCUACCGCCUCGACGGCUCAGCUCAGUGUCCGUCCAGUCGCAGUAUGUUAAAGAAGCAUCUGGGCGGCCAGUUUCAUCUCUUUACACUGAAACUGUCGGAUCUCCAUCACUUUCUCAGACUUCACUUCUUCAGCCCCCUCAGUGGAACCUCACCCACCGCCACCUCGUCGUCCUCAAUGUCGUUGCUUGCGCGGUAGCAGUUUCGGCGACAUGUCUCUUCUUCUCUGCAAUCCCCACCCUCCUGGCUUUCAAAAGGGCAGCUCAAUCACUUGAAAAGCUGAUGGAUGUUAUGAGGGAAGAGCUUCCCGACACGAUGGCUGCUGUUCGCUUAUCCGGGAUGGAGAUUAGUGACCUCACUAUGGAGCUCAGUGAUAUUGGCCAUGAAAUUACACAAGGCGUUAGAAGUUCCACUCGUGCUGUUCGUGUGGCGGAGGAGAGGUUGCGCGGCUUGACAAACAUGGCUUCAUCAGCACCGGUGCAGGUAGUAAGUCAGAAAACUGAGGUGCCAGGGCCCGUUUUAGCUAAAACUGCAAGAGGCAUACGGGAGGGGAUUGUGAAGGGUCGUGCACUAUGGCAAAUGUUUUUCACUCUCACCCGGUUUUCUAGGUUGGCACUUAACUUUUUUACAAAUCGAACUAAGCAGUAGGGUAGAACACAACACAUGAAACAGGUUCAUGGUGAGCAGCAGCAAGAAACAUCAAAUUUUUUAGGAUGUACAUAUCUUUUCAUAUUUUCAAUUUUCAGUUUGAUAAUUUAAGUUAUUUUUUAAGACUUGUGAGAAUUUUGUGUGUCAGAGUGUUGCUUCAAGUGAAACGUCCUUUGACUUGCUUCUUCC